CUGGGUUGUGUGGUUCACUGUUAAGCUCGAGCCUAUCCUCCCAAGUUUCACCGCCGAAAUGCUGGUUAAAAUCACAGCUGACAUCAACUGCACCAACUACCAAGUGAUCGUCGAAGGACUGGGAACUGUGUUCCCCGAAAUGACACUCCUCAGGACGCAGGAGAUAACCAGGGUUCUGGUGGAGCACCUGAAGGAAUUCGCCACCCUAUUUAGCAGUCCAGGUUGCAGACAGAGCAUUAGCAGCGAUGCUGAAUGGCUUAACGCCAACUUGGGCCCAUUCACCACAGUGGCCAAUUACUCAGACCUUAAGGCCUUGAACGUCAGCGGGCUGGCAGCUCUGGAAACCCUGUCACCUGAUCAAAAAGCAGAGCUGCUGUUUGAUCCAACCACCGGUGCUCUUGAAAAUGUGACCGUGGUGGAGGAGGUGUUGAGCAGCAUCCUACAAUCCCCAGAUGAGAAGCAGCUUGAGAAAUUCUUUGAAAAAUUUGUGGAGGUCAGCAAAGAGGAAAACAUAACCUACAUUACAAACGGGGACGUCCGAGACACAAUGCUGAACCUGACUUUGACUGCUCUGGCUCCUAAAUUCCCCCUCUUCCAAACGAGUGACUAUGAGCUGUGGUUUCAAAUCAAUCUCGUGGUCCUGCUGGCCAGCUUCCGUCCUACGGUUCUGGUCCUCAUCCCCACCAACCUUACCUGUGACUCUUACAAUGCGAUAUUGAAAGGCCUGGAGAACGCUUUGGCAGUUCUCCCAUCUGACCUUAAAGAGGAGCUCAGGUCAAGCAAAGACAAACUUCGACAGUCACCACCACAAGGCUGCACGCCUCCUCUCCCCGUCGAUUUCUUUGAAUCAUUGGCGCUGCUGACCCCUGCCCAAGUAGCUGAACUCACACUGAGCUCUGGAGUAUUGAACAACACCAAUCAGAUCAGCGCUGUGUUCGACCGACUGGAAAAAGGCGACGCUCAUAAGAACGUAGAGGAGUUUCUGACGGCACUGAGCUCAGCUCCUGAGAUACCUGAUAUCAGCCCUGCCGUGAGAGACGUGAUGAUGAACCGAACCUUCAUAAUCAUCCAAGUGAAGAUCAAGGAAUUUGAGGCCCCUGACUGGGUUGUGUGGUUCACUGUUAAGCUCGAGCCUAUCCUCCCAAGUUUCACCGCCGAAAUGCUGGUUAAAAUCACAGCUGACAUCAACUGCACCAACUACCAAGUGAUCGUCGAAGGACUGGGAACUGUGUUCCCCGAAAUGACACUCCUCAGGACGCAGGAGAUAACCAAGGUUCUGGUGGAGCACCUGAAGGAAUUCGCCACCCUAUUUAGCAGUCCAGGUUGCAGACAGAGCAUUAGCAGCGAUGCUGAAUGGCUUAACGCCAACUUGGGCCCAUUCACCACAGUGGCCAAUUACUCAGACCUUAAGGCCUUGAACGUCAGCGGGCUGGCAGCUCUGGAAACCCUGUCACCUGAUCAAAAAGCAGAGCUGCUGUUUGAUCCAACCACCGGUGCUCUUGAAAAUGUGACCGUGGUGGAGGAGGUGUUGAGCAGCAUCCUACAAUCCCCAGAUGAGAAGCAGCUUGAGAAAUUCUUUGAAAAAUUUGUGGAGGUCAGCAAAGAGAGAAACAUAUCAAGCAUCAACACUGCUGUCAGCAGCAUCAUUCUGAACAUGACAUUGAUGGAUCUGGUGACCAGAUUUGACACCUUCGACCCGCAGACGUUUGCUCUGUGGUUCCAGACUUACCUGCACCUGUUCCUCCCUGGGAUCGGUCCAGAUAGUCUUUCUGUUAUCCCUAAGAACAUCAGCUGUGAUUCUUACAGAGAAAUCGUGAAAGGCUGUGAUAACGUGUUCAGCAGCCUCACAGUGAUUCAGACUAAGGAUGUCUACCGCUUCACACGUGACUAUCUCUCCCAUCAGCAGGGCCGAGGUCAGUCCUGUGUCCAGAGUAUGAACAAUGACUCUGAUUGGCUGCUGAAGAAUUUCGGCCAGUUCCGCAUAUUUGCCUCCUUUACUGAACUGAUCAACUUGAAGGGAGACUUUGAUGGGGUGAAAGUUGCAUACUUGCUGACUCCGCCCCAGCUGGCUGAGCUUUGCUCCGCCCCUUCACGGCUCCGCGGACCGCAGGAUGUUCACACAGUGAUGAGGGCUAUUGAAGCACAGCGGCUUUCAGACUUCUUUGAUGUUCUUUCUCCAAACAUCCAAGUGAAUGAACUGAACUACUCUGUGGAGGUGAAGCAGGCGUUCCUCCAGACGGCGUUCGUGAAAGGCGGGCUGUCGUCUCCCUCGGUCAGUGAUUCAGAGGUGUCAGUCUGGCUCACGGUUCGACUCAGACCUCUGCUGUCUGCUUUGAGCUCGGCAGACGUUGCAGUGUACUUUGACACCGUCAGGACUCGAGGCUGCGGCGUCAGACAGGAUGCUGUAAGUGUGCUGGACUCUUUAAGAGCGUCUCUGGAUGAAAACACACAACGUCAGAUCUAUAACAACAUCCAACAGUUACUCACAGAUCCGGAGCCUCUUCGCUGUUAUGGCAGCGGGAGUUUCUACCUUUUCCUCAAGACUUUCUUCCUUCGUUUCGGAUUUCCGGACCUGAGCACCUUCCUGUCUCUGAUCCCUGUGGGCAGGAGGCCUGAGGUGUUGAGCUCCAUCUCCACAGCGGAGCUGAGCGAGUUUCUGCAGGCGCCGCAGACCCUCGGCGACGGAUCGGGACUCUGUGAUCUGCUCAGCCAGUACAACCGGACCACACAGUAUCUGGAGAAGCAGCCGCUGGGGUCCGUGGCUUUGGGCCGGCAGGUGUUGUCCUGCGUCUGGCCUCAGGUUCUGAAGGUGGAGCUCCAGUCUGAGGUGGAUCAGUGGUUCGAUUGUCGACUCGUUCAGUACCUGCCGCUGCUCACCUCACAGUUCAUCGGUCCAGCGCAACUCAGCAACGCCACCUGCCUGCCGUACAAGAAACUUGUUUCAGUUCUUGGAAACAACUACAACUUCUCCAAAACUGAUUUCACCCCAGAAGAUGUUUACAGCUCCAUGAAGGUGUAUCUCACAAAUGGUGGCUCUCCGCGGUGCUAUGACGCCUCCGAUCCUCAGCUGAACUCCACGAACUGGCUCGUCAGCUACAUUGGUGUCUUCAUCAGCUACGUCACUCUGUCCGACCUCAACUCUUUCGUGUCAUCUAACCAGAUCGGCGUGUUCUUGGAGAACCCGGAGAACCUUCAGCUGCUCAACAGCACCGUAACCAUCCAGUCCAGUGUAGCGAGCUACUAUAUCACACAGCUGUACAUCCAGAACCCGUCCUUCAACCCCGUCAGGUUGCCAGGCCAGUUCCUGUGUGGAAUCCCAUCAUUUGCGUUUGAGCUUCUGGGAACGUCAGACAGUUUGUUGCUCAUCAAUCGAAUCAACGUCUUCUGCAAUGGAACCGAAAGCCCUGAGAUCACAGCUGCUCUCGCCGCCAAUCUCCCCUCCAUCUCCUCCUCCACCAUCAAGCUGCUCGGCAGUCAGACGGUCAGCCUGACGGAGGGUCAGAUAGGCUCCGCCUCCUCUGAUGUCAUCAAGGGCGCGCUGUCGACUCUCAGUGCCGCCGAAGGCUGGAAUCAGGGCCAAGCUAAUGCAGUCAUACAAACUCUCAUUGAGUCCGACUUUCCAAUCGACUCCGGCUCUUCCCUGCUGUCUCUCGGGACGCUCGUCAAGGGCGUUCCGUCGGAAACCAUCUCCAGCAUCACACCUUCAGAGCUCCUGAGCAUAUCCAACAAUCCCACCUUCAUCAGCAACAUCCUCUCGGCUCCGGUCAUCCUGCAGCUCGUUUACGUCAUGAAGAUCGUGUCCAUCGAUGAAACUAAAGUCAUUGAGAAUGUCCCGGAUGAGCUGGCUGGAUCGAUCCCGCGGGUGUUGCUGGUUCCUCAGGAGUCCGUAAAUGUAACCCUGAUCAACCAGAAGCAGUGGACGCAGGAGCAGGCGGUGAUGCUGUUCGGCUCUGUGGCCAAUGUCAGUACGGAUGCCGAGGAGCUGUCCGAGGAGCUGCUGCAGGGUUUCACCUGCACCUCCAUCCAGAAGCUCAGUGAAGUGAAGGUCAAGCAGCUGGUCAGAGCCUGCAGACAUCGGCCUGGACGGAAGAAGGUCCAGCUGAAGGAGAGUCAGCUGAUGUGCAUGUACAACUUCGUGAAAGACGAGGCCUCGCCGAGCUUCACAGAUUUACCUUCAGAAACGCUGCUUUACUACAGCUAUGAGAAGGUGGCGAAGGCAAAUUGCCGCUCGUAUUUCAGCGCUGUAGGAACGGCAGAUUACUCUGUUCUUUCCAGCGUCCUCGACAAACAGACAACUCUGUUCAACAAUGCACGAGACUGUCUGGGCAUCUCGGGUCAGAGUCUGAGCAGAGAUCAGGUGGAGGUUCUGGGGAAUCUGUCGUGCACGCUGGACCCCGUCUACAUCCAGAACUCUGAUCCAACCAUCAUUGAGAGCCUGAAGAACUGCCAUGACCUGUCCGAGGCUCAGAUCGGUGCGGUGGAAACGCUGCUGCUCACGGGAAACACGGCUUACGGGAACUCUUCGGUGUGGGAUCAGCAGACGCUGGAGCGAUUGGACAUCCUGCCGCUGUACUUCACUGAGGGCUUCUGGCAGCGGUUCAGCGCCCCUGUGAAGAGGAAGUACAUGAAGGUGUUCAUGCCGUCUUUGAGGACGAGAAAUACAGAGAAGCCGAAACUAAAGAAACUCUUUAAGAACUGCAACGCCGAGUUAGACGCUAAAACCAGAAUCAGGCGCUCCGCAGUCUGCACUGCAGGAAACAUCACUGAAGCCACCAUCACUGACGCCUCCUUCCCGUUCGGCUACACUUCGGCUCAGUUCGACGCGUGUCUGGACGUCAGGGUCCUCCGGGAUAACCUGGCCGCGGUCGCAGAGAAGGUGGACGACAACGAUUUCCAGAGAGUGAUUCUGAACAAGCUGAAGCAGGUGUAUCCCGGCGGUCUGGCCGACAGCGUGCUGAAGGUGCUCGCGUCUGUUUCACGACAAGCCACGGUGGACGAAAUCAGGACGUGGAACGUCACCACCAUCGACACGUUAACCGCUCUGAUGGACAAAAGCAACGGAGAAUGGGAUCGAGACAAGAGUAAGGAGGUGAUCCUCAGGUAUCUGAGCGAGGCCGGACACACUUUAGGCACUAAUGAACUGAACGUGAUCGGCUCGAGCCUGUGCUCACUGAACGUCUUAACACUGCAGAGCAUUAAAGCUGGAGACCUGAGCAAUGCAAAUGUUCUGGAUCUUUCCUCAUGUUCAUAUGAGCAGAAAUCAGUUCUGUACGUCACUGCAAACUCCUCAUACAGAGCUCAACGCAACAACGGCCCGAUUUACUACCACCUCAUCAACCCUUACCUCGGUGGAGCUCCGCUUGAGGACGUGAGGGCUUUGGCCUCUUAUAACAUCACUAUGGACGUCAGCACCUUGAGAAGCCUUAGCUUACCUGUUGUCAUGAGUCUGGGUGUGUCUGAUGUUCGGGCUCUGAUGGGUUCGGCCGUGGCGGAUCUGAAGGCGUUUGAGAACGACUCUGUGGUUCAGGCCUGGAUCGCCUCACAGCCGCAGUCUCAGUUAGACACGCUGAAUCUGGGUCUGCGCGGAGGCCGAGCCGAUCCGAGCACGUCAUCCGCUCCCGUCACCGGACAGACCAACAUCACCGCCAACGGCAACAGCACGCAGACGACCGCUCUCAGGCAAUCAGCUACGACUGUCGCUGCACAAGGAUCUGCAUCAGCGCACCGUCUCGGUCCAGGCGUGUGGUUCAUCGCGUCCUGCGUGUGGCUUCUGACUUUAACAUGAUACACGAUCAAUGAAUCCAACAUUAGCAAAAAUCAAUGAAAUCACUGUCAAAAAUCAAGCACUCCAUUAGAUCAAUACCAGUAAUCGAUCAUGUAAUAUCAGAAAGAACAAUGUUAGGUCUUAAUAUCACUAAUCUAUUUUCGUUGAUUUUAUAAUCAGCUCACAUUUGUUCUGAAAUGAUUUUUAAUUUAAUGUUAAUGAUUGUAUAACAAAUAUAUGUUUAAUUUAAGAUUAAGAACACAUUGUGUUUAAUAUAAUGAUUUUGUUUAAUUUAAUAAUUAAUAUAAUGAUAGAAUAACAAAUUAUCCUGUGCCUUAACUGUCACUGUAAAAUUAUUCAUUAAUCAUUCACUGUUGCUGUAAAUUAUUCAUUAUUUUUUUGUCCAUGCAUCUUUAUGAUUUCUUGAUCAAUGUGUGAGUUGUGUAUCAAAAUACCUGCGUUCCAGUGUUUGUGUAGAAAUGUACACAGAUGUGAGCUGCAUCUGUCUAAACCUCAUUUAGGGGACGGACUCAUUUAUCAAUGAGUAUAAAAAAGUUUGUUUGUUUGUUUUUUAAAGGCGGGAAAAACUUUAUUUUAAACUUACUUUAUUUUUUAUUAAUUACUUACAGUCAGUAGAUUAUCGAUUGGACCAUCAAAAUAAAGUGUUACCAAAAAUGUGUUGAUAAAUGCAUAAAGUUAAGGUGAGGGCUAUAGUGUUUAUAACUAGAUAUAAAACGACAGAAGUCUAUUAAAUGCCUCCAUUUACACAGCAGAGUAAACCUUAGUUUGAAUGAACCUUUUAAAAUAUAACUCUUACAGUUGUGGUUUACUCAAUAUUGCUACAAUAUCUCUUAAAAAGUUGUUCCCCUCAAGGCAUCUUUUCAAAAAAUAUGAGAAUGUGAUACUUUAUCUUAAGAAAUAUAUUAAAAUAAGAGCAUUUGUUUUA